CCUGCUUCUGCCUCUUUACCCAACACCGUCCCGCACUCUCACUUAACCUCCACAUAGUGCCAGACGGGAAAUUACUUUAAAUACUUUUAAAAAAAAAACUCCGAAUGACAGUUCAUCUGACUCAGUAGCCCAUCGCCCCUGACGACGACGCCGAAGUGUUUUAUUUUCCUUUCUGAUUCUCGGCGGAGCGCAAACAGAGGAGUUACCAAAGUCCCCGACACGUUCCAGCGAUGGUGACUUUACGCACGGGAUUUGAAGGCUAUUUGAACUGACUCCUCUUGUUUGGUCUCGACGCUGAAACUCUCCAUCAUCGCACACAACAAUCUUCAAGUUUGCCAGAAACACGCAGCGAAUGACAAAAAAGUGAAUGCAGGGGACGUUCAUGAAUUUUAAAGUCAUCCAAAAGUGAGAAGAGGGUGUUGGAGUUGAAGUCUCUUAUUUCUGCAGCGGCAGCGGCUUCCUGGAGAUGAGCGCUUUUGUCUGUUGUGUGACCGCUGCGGCUUUAGGCAGAUCCUCCUCUGAUGAGAAUGAUGUCUUCCAUGCGAGAAACGCCUCCCUUCCACCCACCGUCUGAGGAAGAGGAAGUGAUGGGUCAGGACAAUGCGGCCUGGGCCAACGACAAGCGGGAGGGCCCAAAGGAGGCACAGUCUCCCUCUUCGUAUGACCAACCCCACCCGGACGAGCUGCAGCCAAUCAGAGAGAAGCUGACAGAUGCUGAGUGGGAGAACAUGGUGCCUGCUGCAAUGGAUAAUGAAAGCAGUAAAGGAUGCUCAAUCUACUCCUACCGUACUAACUCUACCUCUCCACCCAAGCCAGAGGAAUUUUCCAGGGAUCGCGGGGAGCCAAUGAAUGCUCUCGCCUUCGGGACACCGGAGCGACGCAAAGGAAGCCUGGCAGAUGUGGUGGACACACUGAAACAGAAGAAACUCGUGGAGCUGACCAAGACAGAACAAGAUGAGCCAACUUGCAUGGAGAGACUCCUCUCUAAGGAUUGGAAGGAGCGCGUUGACCGCCUGAAUGCCAACGAAUUGCUGGGAGAGGUCAAAGAUACAGAAAGAGAUGCCCAAGUCCUCCCAGCUUGCAGCGACCCCAGGCUCGAAUCCAGACAACAUUCACUGGUUCAUGUGUGGGAAGCCGGUACGCCAGAGUCGCUGGAGGAGAAGGAGCGCCAGCUUUCCACCAUGAUCGGUCAGCUGAUCAGUCUGAGGGAGCAGCUCCUCUCUGCCCAUGACGAGCAGAAAAAAAUGGCCGCCUCACAGCUGGAGAAGCAGAGACAACAGAUGGAGCUGGCCAGGCAGCAGCAGGAGCAGAUCGCCAGACAGCAGCAGCAGCUCCUGCAGCAGCAGCACAAGAUAAACAUUCUUCAACAGCAGAUCCAGGUUCAGGGUCACAUGCCUCCUCUGAUGAUCCCAGUGUUUCCUCACGACCAGCGGUCUCUGGCUGCUGCGGCUGCUGCACAGCAAGGCUUCCUCUUCCCACCGGGCAUGUCCUACAAGCCAGGUGAGAAUUACCCCAUGCAGUUCAUUCCAUCUACAAUGGCAGCUGCAGCAGCGUCUGGACUCAGCCCGUUACAACUACAGCAGCUGUAUGCCGCCCAGCUGGCAAGCAUGCAGAUCUCACCAGGAGCCAAGAUGACUCCCCUCCCGCAGGCUCCCAAUCCCUCCAGUCCCCUUUCCCCCUCUGCCCUGAAGAGCGAGAAGCGAGCAUCCAGUCCUAUCGUUCAUAUUAAGGAGGAAGGAUCCACACAGCCAUUGAACCUCUCAGCUAGACCCAAGACAGCCGAGCCUCUACGCUCCCCAACAUCUCCGACACAGGGUCUGUUCUCUGGAAACAAGACCAGCCCUUCAGGCAUGGGCAAGGGCCGCAUCCCAAGCCCCAUCCCCACCAUGGGCAGGAACACCUCUCUGGACAUCCUGUCCAGCCUCAACUCCACGGCACUCUUUGGGGACCAGGAUGCGGUGAUGAAGGCCAUCCAAGAGGCCAGGAGCAUGAGGGAGCAGAUCCAGAGGGAGCAGCUCCACCAGCAGCAGCAGCAGCAGCCAGGGCACCAGAGUCUGGAGGCCAAACUGUCCGCCCUCAGCAGCAUGAGCCUCAACAACGGCAACAAGUCCUUUGUUAGGCGGUUGCUUCCUGCGGUGAGCAUGGCACUGCCCAGGCACAUGUUCUGUGGUGGGCCUGAUUACAGCCCUGCCGUAGUGCUGACAUUGGCCCGCGCCGACUCCUCAUCUGAGCGUCUUCACUAUGAGACGCUGAGCCAGCACCUGGGGAAGCUCGGGGAGGAUGCUGGGAAAAUGGUCCAUCGAGUCAUUGACCUGACAAGACCAGAAGAUCUGGAUGGGAAUAAUAUCACAGAGGCACGAGUGUUCAGGGAAGCACGGGGCAGGAACAACAGCGAGCCCCACAUCAAGAGGCCCAUGAACGCCUUCAUGGUGUGGGCCAAAGACGAGAGGAGGAAAAUCCUGCAGACCUUCCCCGACAUGCACAACUCUAACAUCAGCAAGAUCCUUGGCUCUCGCUGGAAAGCCAUGACCAACCAAGAGAAGCAGCCAUACUAUGAGGAGCAGGCCCGCUUGAGCAAGAUCCAUUUGGAGAAAUAUCCCAACUACAAGUACAAGCCACGGCCCAAGAGAACCUGCAUCAUCGACGGCAAGAAGCUACGCAUCGGAGAGUACAAGCAGAUGAUGCGGUCACGACGUCAGGAGAUGAGACAGUUUUUUGUGGGGCCUCAGCCACCGAUUCCUCUUGGCAACAGCCCGGGCGGUGUAGGAGUUUACCCAGGUGCCAUAACCAUGGCAACGACAGCCACACCAUCCCCACACCUGACCUCAGACUGCUCCAGCAACUCAGCCAGCCCCGAACCCACCAUCCCUGUCAUUCAGAGCACGUACGGGGUGAAGUCCGAGCCUGGCAGCAGAGGCAACAAUGGCGGUGGGGUCGGAGCCUUGGAUCUGCCCAGCGACCCCACCAAUGGAGACGAUGACAUGGACAUGUACGAGGACUUUGAGGACGAGCCCAAAUCAGACUAUAGCAGCGACCACGAGACACGGGAGGCCGUCAGUGCCAACUGAGUGUACUCAGGGUCUCAGAUGUAAAAAGAGAAAAAAAUAACUCCUGUUAUACUCAAAGACACUUUUUAAAAACACAGUUUAUUACAGAGACCCUUCAGGCAGACCUUCAGGACAUGUUGCGUCAUGCACUGAGCAUGCCCAGACAGGAUUCAAACUCUGUGGACAUGCUCCGAAAGUGAGAAAAGAAAGAAGAGAAGAAGAGGGCUGGUGGGAAAAAUGUGACCCAAGAAAACAACCUGAACAGACAUUCAGACAACUUACUGACAAUGAACUUCAGUUUCCUACACUUCGACAAUCUUAACAGGAGCAAAUAAGAGUUAGACAAGAGAGAGAGAGAGAGAGAGAGAGAGAGAGAGAGAGAGAGAGAGAGAGAGAGAGAAUGGGACAAAGAACAAAUGAGCAACGAACACAUUGCUGUGUGGUUUGUAAAGAGCAUGCAUGGAUUUUGAAGCAUCAGGAGUUGGUCUUCAACAGCUAUUUGGUCUUAAAUGUUUAAGGAGUGAUUUAGUUUUCAUCAUUAUGUAUUUACUUUUUUGUGGGUUUUUUUUCCUUUUUGUUUUUGUUAUAUAGACUUUUUUCUGACAGGUCACUGCCUGUACAAACUCUGGACUGUCGGAACUUGAAAUUUGAAAAGUUUUAAUAUAAAUCCUAGCUAUUGUAAUCUUAUAGUCUUACUUUUGUUUCUUAUGAAUACAGUGCAUCUACAUAAUUUUUUUCUGACAAACUGCUUACCUUACAUUACUGUUUUUUUUAUAUCCCAGCUCAGGUAUGAUGUGCCAGCUUGUGAAUGUGUUUUUGUUUUGUUUUGUUUGUUUUCAUACAAAAAGCAAAAAGAGUGGUAGGACUUUUCAAUGAAAUAAAGGGAGCAAAAUCCCUUAUCACAUUAUUAUUAUUAUUAUUAUUAUUAUUAUUAUUAUUAUUAAGUAAUUAAGUACCCAGUCAUUGUACAAAUUUACUUCAAAUGUGCCAAACCUACAUUCACAUUCACUCUGGAUGUUGUAGUCUUAACUUCCAAUGCUGCAAAAAGUCUUAUACAAUCAGCUUUUUCUAUCUGAUGAGAUGAGUUCCUACUCAGUAACUGCUGGCUCCCCUCCUGGCCCAGUAACAAGCAGAGCUCAGGGAGGAUGUGUUUUCAUCACACUCGUUCAGACUCACACACACACACACACACACACACACACACACACACACACACACACACACACACAGAUACACACUUUGUGUCGCUCUCUGGCAGCCCCUUCAGCUUUGAGAUGUAGUCAGAAGAGCAGCAUCGAAUGCUUCAGUUCCACUGCAUUGGUGCUUUCAUGAACCACACUGACCAUAGUUCCUUGAGGCCAAACACUUGUGCACAUUGUGCAAGAAGUGCAGUACGGUGUAACCAAACACCGGCAUUUAGUAUUUGAGUCUUUCCCUUUCAAUCUGGCUACAGUUAUAGACAUUUUUUGGCUUGAUUUGUGCUUAGACACUAAGAGUCUUUUAAGUGUACCUUUAGCUCUCUUCAUUCAGCAUCAUAUUAAAGGGGAUGAGCAGCCCCAGAUUUAGCCUACUGUAGGAUAAGAGUUUAAUAUUCUGGAUCCCUUCACUGUAUUUUGAAUUGUGUUUUGAAUUGGUACAAAAAUGUACAAAAUGUUACUAUUUUUAUUAGCCUGUUAAUAUUUGUAAAUGUCUUCUCAUCAUCACGUGGGAAAGAUACACCAAGCUUGUGUUUUAAAAAAUACUUUAUAUAGUUGCAAAAAAAUGGGUUUAAUAGUCUGUUAUUUCAAAAAGGGUACAUUUUUCUACGUUGCAUGUAUAUUUUGAUGACAAGUAAGUUAUUAAGACAAGAAUGGAGGGAAAAAAAGGUAUAUAAUUCUGAAUCAGCUUCUCAGUCAACCACCCCAGUCAGAGCACACAAGUUUUUCCACAGUCUGAAGAGAGUUGUUCCUCUUUCGUCUUGGUGCGGCCCAGUGGCCAGCGCCAUGCUGGGUGUGCAUGCUUUUUCCUCUAUUUUACUCAAAUGUCACAUUCUUUCUCUGAAGACACAUCAUAUUCUUUCUUUGUCUCUCUUCACCACUCUGCAAUUUUGAACAUAUUUCCAUUUUCAACACCUGUGACCUCAGGUUGUUUCUGGUUGCUCUGCUUAGCUGUCAGCUGUUUAACACGUCUUCUGACUCCAUAUUUCUCUUCGUGACCAUAUCUGGCAGAUUUUACUUGGAAAAGCUUCACAAGCUGGGACUGAACAUUGGUUUUCGCUUGCAUCACAGGAAAAAAGCCUCAUGCAUAGACAUUUCUGUUAGUGUUAAACACAUCCUAAGCACUGGAUAUAAAUUUGUUUUUUUUUAGUUUUUUUUUAGUAUUAACUAAUGUGAAGUUGUUGUUUGAUUUUCAACAUGAUAAAUUAGAACAGUCAAAAGUCACAUGCUCAGACUUUAUAGGAAGCCUUGUACAUGCCAGGCCCAAGUAAAUUGCCAUUUCUUUGGAAGCACUUCAUUUAUUGAAGCAAGUUUUGUUGCCGCAGCUCUAGUGCCGCCUAAGGGGGUCACAUCACCUCUGAUCUCUUUAACCUCAUGCUCUUGUCAGUUGUGACCUGCAGAAGCAGAAUUAACGUUUCCUGGUCGGACACAUUUUGUGAUAAGUAUUGUAUUUGAAAUUCAAUUGUGCGUUUUAACAUUUCAUUGUAUUUAUUAGCCAGCUUUGGCUCUAAAAGUGUCAGUACAACUUGGUGAGAAAGACAAUCAAAAAAAUAAAUAAAUAAAGAAAAGGAAAAGAAAUGAGACUUUUCUUACAAAUCUGUCA